AUGCCAGUGACUGUGGAUCUUGCGAUUGAAAGUUUGCCACCGGAGGUCCAAGCCAAAGCUGAGCGCGAACUAAAUGAGGUGCUCCAGUUCAGACAAGAUGCCAUAGAUGCACUCAAAAACCUUAUACGUCAAGAAGACUCUUCAGCUCAAGUAAUUCCUCGCUCACAUACAUAUCAUCCUCAACUCCUUUCAACAAAAUGA